AUGGACAAAAACCAGGUACAAAAUGGUGACAGCGUCCUUCUCCAUGUGCGAGGUGAUCGCAGUUAUAUCACACGCAUAGCGAUGAGUAAGCCCGUUGACAUAUAUCACCAUCGCGUUCAGAGUGAUCUGCUCAUAGGUCUAAUAUAUAAUGCCUUCUACAUGCUAAGGGGAGGGGGGUCUAACAUCACUAUUGAUCGGGCAGAUGACCCCACUGUUCAGGGGUACACAGCUCUGACAGCUGGAGGAGCUGGAGAUGCGCUUGCCGGUCUCUGUGAUAAUGAGGCAGAAGAGCUCAGGCAAGCGCUGCUAGAAUCGGAGUCUUAUCAAGGGAAAGACACCGAGUUUUCUAGACAGAAGGCGGUGAAUAGAGCACGGAAGCGCCACGUUUUAAUUUUCAGCAUAGAGCUAGCCAAUCCAUAUAGUAUCUGUAAGUAUCUUUACACUGGUAAGACACCGGAGACAAAUCUCUUCAUGAGUCCGGGGAACUAUUCUCUUCUUCUUCACCACUCAGAUGCAGCAAGAAUUCCGGGGUAUUCACGGAUCCUUGUCUACGAUGAUUUGGAUGGGCGUGUAGCAGCGGGUAUCGCGUCUAGGAUGGUUUUGACGGAUGCAGUAGUCGACCCCACCAACGCAAAUGUCAAGAUGCUCAUGGAUGAAUGCACUGAGCUUAUUAACCAGUGUUCAGAAGUUAAAACCUUCAGAGAGCGGCAUCGUCUGGGGUUCUUAUUUUUGGAAAGGGUCAGGACUGUUUUGAACUUGCCAAGAUGCGACCAGGAAGUUGUGGCUGUCACGGGCCGGACCCUUGGUGCAGGCUUAAAGAACGCUUUGAUAGAUAGCAACGUACUUCCAGCAAAGCAUGGCUUAGAGGCUUCUAGACCCAAUAUUGCGCCGUUUGUGUGUGCCGUCAACUCUACCAAGCUUGCCGAUGACGACGAUCUGGGUCUUCUAGGGUAUAGUAUUGUUGGUGAUGAUACGUCUUGCCCAAAGCCCGAGGACGAUUCUGUGCGUACGGAUAUCUGGACGCCUGAAAGUAUAACUCGUGCAAUUAUGUGUGAUUAUGAUAUGUGGCUUGAGCGCAGACUCUGUCUUCUCAAGAUUCCCGUGGACAAGCUCAAAGAAGUAAUUUACUCAGCUCCCGAUUUAGAAUCGUUCUCUAGAAACACUCGGGCGCCGCUUUGCACUCCUCUAGACACAGAUUUACUCCCCCUAUCUUUUGAUUCACUAGUGAUUGCUGCCAGGUCGCGACCCCUUCCUUUAGCGCAGUUACUCUCUAAGUUUAUUAGGCCAGCAGCCCCUGUCUCGGUCUACUCGCCCUCUGCAGAGGCCCUUGCAGAGCUUGGGCAUUACCUAUUGUCUACACGGUCUGGCCACAUUCAGUCAUACACAGAUAACAGACUCCUCGACUAUCAGAUUCUACCCGGGCGUACCAGGCCGGCGAUGCUAGGAGAGUCAUUUGGCGGCUAUGUACUAACGUACUACACACAGCCACCCACUGAGAACGACGAAAGCAUAUUCCGCAAAUCCCGAAACGUGAUGUUCUCCAAGAAGAGAAGUCUUAAGCAAUAA